AUGGCCUUGUCGUUCAAGAAUGCAGCUCGUCAUGCUGCCAUGUACAGACGUUGUUUCGCAGCUGCUACUUCACGACCAUUCAGCACGACUCCUUGUGCAGCUUCUUCUUCACACGGCCUUUUGAGGUUCAAGGAGUAUUAUGACAGCACCUUGUCUGAAGAUCUCAUGGUGUUGACAUACGAUCAUGCUCGUGCAGCACCACCCACCACAAAGUAUCCCGAUAUUCAAGCUUUGAUUGACCGAGCUUUGGCUACCGAAGAAACACCUCAACAAGCACCACAAAAAGAAGAACAAGAGUAUGCUCACCGUACACGAAAAGGCGGCAAACCCGUGAAGCCUAUUCAACCAUUGAAGAGUGCCAAUACGAUCCCUAAGCUCGACAAAAUCACCUUGCAUGCCAUGGUCAAGGAUGCCAUCCACUCAAAGAACAACCUCUUGUCAGCUUUCAUGGCCUUCCAAAGCAUCACUGCUACUCGCCCUGAAAUUGUCUAUGCCAGAACCUCUGUUGCUAACUGGAAAUUACGUGAAGGAAUGCCAUUGGGUGUGAAGGUCACUUUGCGAGGAGAGGAAAUGUAUCAAUUCAUGGAUAAGCUUGUGGAAAUUGUGCUGCCACGUCUCAAAGAAUGGCCUGGUCUUGCUAUUACAGCAGGUGAUGGUAACGGCAACAUUGGUAUCGGUUUCCCACCUUCUGCCUUGGCUCUCUUCCCUGAAAUCGAAGGUUCAUUUGACGUUUACCCCAAAAUGACUGGUUUUGAUGUCAACUUCCACACCACGGCCUACACCAACACUGAGGGUCGAUUGCUCCUUUCCGGCUUUUCAGUACCUUUCAAUCCCAAAAAAUAG